UCCCUCCACCUGUCCCCGGCGCGUUGGACGCUGGAAGCCAAGAUGGCGGCGGAGCUGGUGGAGGCGAAAAACAUGGUGAUGAGCUUCCGGGUUUCUGACUUGCAGAUGUUGCUCGGAUUUGUGGGCCGGAGCAAAAGUGGACUCAAACACGAACUGGUAACUCGGGCUUUGCAACUGGUCCAGUUCGACUGCAGCCCGGAACUCUUCAAGAAGAUCAAAGAGAUCUAUGAGACUCGAUAUGCCAAGAUCUCCGAACCGGGACAACCCGCCCAGCAGCAGCCGCUCCCCCCACCGCCCCCACAGCACCGACCUCCUUCCGAAACCCUUUCCAUCCACUCGUCUUACGACCGCAACAGCGCGGUAACCAGGACUGGUCUUUCGACGACCCCCAACAUAGACUAUCCCUCGCUCUACGGAAAGUAUUUAAACGGACUUGGACGGUUGCCGGUCAAACCGGUGAAACCCGAAGUCCGGUUGGUGAAGCUUCCCUUCUACACUAUCCUGGAUGAACUGUUGAAGCCCACGGAACUCGUCCCGCAGAACAACGAGAAACUUCAAGAGAGCCCCUGCGUCUUCGCCCUGACGCCGCGACAGGUGGAGCUGAUCAAGAAUUCCAGGGAGUUGCAGCCGGGCGUGAGAUCAGUCCAGGUUGUCCUCAGAAUCUGCUACACAGAUACCAGCUGCCCUCAGGAAGAUCAAUACCCACCGAAUAUCGCCGUCAAAGUCAACCACAGUUAUUGUUCGGUUCCGGGCUACUAUCCUUCCAACAAGCCCGGGGUAGAGCCGAAGAGGCCUUGUCGUCCCAUCAACCUUACUCAUCUCAUGUACCUGUCUUCCGCCACCAACCGCAUCACCAUCAUCUGGGGGAAUUACGGGAAGAGCUACUCCGUGGGCCUCUUCCUGGUGCGACAGACAACGUCAUCAGAGUUGUUGCAGCGAUUAAAAACCAUCGGCAUUAAACACCCGGAACUGUGCAAGGCCCUCGUCAAAGAGAAGUUGCGGCUGGAUCCAGAGAGCGAAAUUGCCACCACUGGCGUCCGAGUAUCUUUAAUAUGCCCGCUGGUAAAGAUGCGCCUGUCGGUACCGUGUCGGGCGGAAACGUGUGCCCACCUGCAGUGCUUCGAUGCAGUUUUCUACCUGCAGAUGAACGAGAAGAAACCCACGUGGAUGUGUCCGGUGUGUGACAAACCAGCCACGUAUGAUCAGCUGAUGAUCGAUGGGCUCCUAUCGAAGAUCUUGAAGGAAUGUGAAGAUGCAGAUGAGAUAGAGUACCUGGUGGAUGGCUCCUGGCGUCCGAUCAAAGCAGAGAAGGAGAGGAGCUACAGCCCUCAGUGUCCGAUACUCGUCGUGGGCGGAUCCACAGGGGGCACAUCGGACGUCAACGGGGCGCCCCCUCCCGCCCCCAGUGUGGAGAACGGUAAGAUUCCGGCUGACGUGGUCGACUUGACACUGGACAGCUCGUCCUCAGAAGAGGAGGAAGAAGAGGAGGAGGAAGAUGACAACGGUGGUGGACCCAAGAGGAAAGUCCCCCGCCUGUAUAAGAACGGUCUCGCCUCCGCCUGCUGACUGCCGGCGGCACCGGGUCACCUCCACGUGGGAAAGCUUGAAUUCCUCGGUGCUUACUCAGAUAAAUGGGGCGGGGCGGGGUAUCUUAUCCCGUCUCCCCCCACUCACCCAACCUUUUACCUUGUCCUCCUCCAAAGCAUCCUUGGACUUCCCGAUUAUUCCAAGUUUAAAAAAAAAAUGACUUCGUUUUUAAUCGGAAACAAACAGACCCAUCUGGAUGAGCGCUGAUGCAUGGCUGAAAGACAUCCCCCCUUGACCACCAUCACCUCGCAACCUAACGCCUCUUCGUCUCUCCGCCUUCGGCUCAGCUUUUGAACCGCCAUUGGACGGUGAUUGGGUUUGGGAGGGGGGUUGGGGAGGGCGCGCCUGUCCUGCACGCAGUUCUUUGGGAAUGGCCACCGACUCUCUCUCUAUCCCCAAACGUUCCUUGUCGUCCUCCUCCCCAACCCUCCUUUGCUUUCUGGUUAAACCUGGCUGGUGGGAACUGAUUCCGCUACCGGCCAGUUUCCAGGACUUUUCACGGGUGUCCACGUUUAUGUCUUCUUCGGGUUUUUUCUUCUUCUUUGUGUUCCAUCGGCCUUGUUCGACAACCAUUCCUCACUUUCUCUCUCUCUCUCUCUCUCUCUCUCUCUCUUUUUGAUCUCUCUCUUUCCCCCCUCUCCAAAAAUCCCACCGGACCGUUUGGAGGGCUGUUGCUUUUUCUCAUCCUUAAAUCAGCUGGAAAAGUUUCUAAAACCCAGUGAGAUACCCAGGUUUUUCUGAUACUAGGGAUGGAAGGUAACGGGGCGGGCGGGGAACUGAAAGGAGACAGAAAGAGGGGAAGGGGAGAGAAAAACCCGCCACGGAUAUUUCCGCAUCGAAUCGUUCUUGGAGAGUCUCCCUUUUUACCUCCGGAGAGAACCUCGUGUAAACGACUGGAACUCUGGUUUUUUUUCUUUUAGCCUCUUAAUGAAAAUAUCGUAGAAUUCUAGCAUAGCGACGAGCAGCUGUUUAUUUUAAGUUGAACAGAAGCCAUUUGGGGAGGGGAGGGGGUUUGGAAAAGGCAGAAGAGGAGACUGGGAAACCAGGUUGCAGGGAAGGGGUGGGGAACACGGGUCUCGCCGAACGAGGGAAGGGGCUCGAACCACGAAUCUGUUCUCGUCAUCUUUUGUUUUUCUUUUCUUUCUUUUUUUUUUUCUUUUGAAGUGCAAUAACUCGGUGUGUUUUGGAAGGCGGUUAUU